UGCCUUGCCAUUAUCAGUAAAGGCUCUGGGUGUCGCUAUUCUACCAAGGACUGAAAACAGGCACCAAGAGAUACUCUCCAGGGUUAUGCUGAUAGAACAGGAUUGACUUUAAACAAUACAAGCUGAAUGUGAAGGAGCAAUCUCAGUGACUGGAGUGGGCUAAAACCCUAAUCCCAGAGAUCAGCCUUGGGGGCAUAGAAACGAAAACAAAACCGGAAAAAUAAAGGCAUAUCUUCGAAAAAACAGGAGGUGGCACAUCCUGAAGAUGACAAAGGGAGUUCGACCGAGGCUCCGAGACUGCAAGGGGCAAAUCCUGCUUUGCUUUCUCUUGGGGACCCUGUGGGAGGCCGGGUCCGGACAGAUCCGCUACUCGAUUCCCGAGGAGAUGGAAAAGGGCUCUUUUGUGGGAGACAUCUCGAAGGAUCUGGGGCUGGAGCCACAGGAACUGUCCGAACGCGGAGCUCGCAUUGUCUCGGGAGGUAAGAAGCAGCAUUUCACUCUGAAUUUACAAAACGGUCACUUAUAUGUCAGUGAGAAAAUAGAUAGAGAGAGAGCAUGUGGACAAAUCCCUCAGUGUCUGAUGACUCUCCAGGUUCUCAUGGAGGAGCCAGUAAAGCUGAUACAGGCAGAAGUGGAAAUCUUAGAUAUAAAUGAUAAUUCGCCCACCUUCCCUGUGGAGGAAAUUUUGUUAGAGAUCAGAGAAAUAACCUCGCCAGGGGCCCGCUUUCAUCUCCAGGAUGCGCAGGAUCCCGACAUAGGCAACAAUUCUCUCCAGAAUUAUCUACUUGGCCGCAGCACACAUUUCAGCCUCAAUGUGCAGACGAAAGCUGGUGGUACCAAAUAUGCUGAGCUGGUAUUGGAAAAAGCUCUGGAUCGGGAGGAGCAAGCUGAGCACCAGCUCCUCCUCAUAGCCACUGACGGCGGGGAUCCAACGAGAACCGGAGAAACCCAGAUUCGGAUCCGGGUGUUAGAUGGGAAUGACAAUGCGCCCAUGUUUCAGCGCUCUCUCUAUGAGGUGAGCGUGCCUGAGGAUGUACAAACGGGCACAGUGGUGGUCAAGGUGCAGGCCACGGACCGUGACGAAGGUUCCAACGCCGAGAUAAUUUAUUCGCUAAUAAAGCUCUCUGAGGCCUCUUCCCUGAUGUUCCAAAUCGGGUCCACUAGUGGAGAGCUCAGAAUAGUAGGAAGACUGGAUUUCGAGGCGGAUCCGUUACAUGAACUGGAAGUGCAGGCCAUAGACGGAGGAGGACUUUCUGCACUGGCCCAUAUUUUACUUCGAGUGACAGAUGUUAAUGACAACCCUCCGGAAAUCACCAUCACUUCCCUUUUCAGUCCAGUCCCAGAAGACUCUCCACUUGGGACUAUAAUUGCCCUUUUUAAUGUCCAUGACAGAGAUUCUGGAGAAAAUGGGCAGAUCCGGUGUGCGAUUUCCAGACAAGUUCCUUUCGAGAUUUCACGUUCAUUUGAUAACUAUUACAGUUUGAUAUCCAGCGAAAUACUGGACAGGGAGCAAAUUCCAGACUACGAUAUCACUAUCACUGCGGAAGACAGAGGGGAUCCACCCCUGACUUCAAACCAAGUGAUACAACUGCAGGUGUCGGAUAAAAAUGAUAAUCCCCCAGUAUUUCACCAAAGUCACUAUUUAGCUUAUCUCACGGAAAACAAUUCACCUGGAGCUACAAUAUCUUCUCCCAAGGCGAGUGAUGCAGACAGCGAAGAUAAUGCCCGAAUCAUUUAUUCAAUUGCCAACGCGACUUUUCAGGGAUCGCCUCUUUCUUCCUAUAUUUCCAUCAACUCUGAGACAGGUGUCCUCUAUGCUCUGCGCUCCUUCGACUAUGAACAAUUCAGGGAGCUACAGCUGAGAGUGACAGCUAGAGACUCUGGGGACCCGCCUCUCAGCAGCAAUGUAGCCCUGACUCUGUUCAUCCUGGAUCAGAAUGACAACGCCCCGGAAGUCCUGUAUCCUGCUUUCCCUACAGAUGGUUCUAGUGGGGUGGAGCUGGCCCCGCGCUCUGCAGAGCCAGGCUACCUGGUGACCAAGGUGGUAGCAGUGGAUGGAGACUCUGGCCAGAAUGCCUGGCUGUCCUACCGUCUACUGAAGUCCACAGAGCCCGGGCUCUUCUCGGUGGGAUUGCACACGGGUGAGAUAACCACUACCCGGGUUUUCCUGGAUAAAGACUCCCAGCAAACUCUGAUAGUAGCUGUCACAGACAAUGGGGAGCCUCCUCUUUCUGCCACUAUCAGUGUUACAGUUGCAGUGGCUGACAGUAUCCCUGAGAUCCUUUCAGAUCUCAGCAGCCUAACGACCACUGAAUUUCCAAAUGACUCCAGUCUAACAUUCUACCUGGUCAUCGCAGUAGCUGCAGUGUCCUGCCUAUUCUUUUCUUUCAUUAUCCUGUUAUUGGCACUCCGGCUUCGAAGGUGGCAUAUGGAGCUUGGAUCAGCAAGUACACAUCUGGAAGGUGUUCAAGCCUCCCAGUUCCUGGGCAUAGAUGGAGUACAAGCAUUCCUCCAGACUUAUUCACACGAGGUUUCCACUACCAUUGACUCUCGGAAGAGCCAUUUAAAAUUCUCAGCAAGUAAUUCACAGGAAUUUACCAGUAAGCAAAGAUCUGAUCAAAGAGAAUCUAUUAUGUCUUGGGAUGCCUGCAAUAAAGCAAAUGAAGAGCAAGCCUUCAUUAAGAUUGGGCCUCAGACAUCCGCUCCAUCACCAGUCUUUCCAACUUGGUAAAACCCAGCAGAAUUUUCAGAGCAUUUGAGAAGCCCA